AUGAGCGAUCCGGAGGAAGUCGGCGAUGGUUGGGGGGACGAGUUGGAUGACCUCCCUGAGGCAGUGCCAACGGAUCUGCAUGCCGAGUUGCAGCAAGUCCGUGGGCGCCUGGAAGAAAGCGAGGAGCUGCGCUCGAAGGAGCGGCAAGAGCUCCAGUCGCGCCUUCAGGAGGUCAUGCAGAAGGCCAAGGAUCGCAUCAUGGAGAUGCAGGCGCGGAUGAACGAGAUGCAGGAAACAUUGCAAGAGAGGGACCAGCAGCUCGACCGGCUGCAGGCUGCCGGGCCUUCAUCUUCUGAGGUGUCCGAGCCCACCUCCGAGGCCGCCAACGCGGUCGAGGCGGCGUUGAGGGAGGAACUGGAACAGUGCCGCGGAGAAAUGGCGCGGUUGCGCGAGGAGUCGGAGUCCAGGCUCUCGCAGAUCGUGCAGCAGAGCAAAGAGAAGCUGCGCGAGGAGUUCAAAUCCAGGCUCGCAGCUGUCGAGGAGAAGGACAAGAUGGGCGUGGAACUGGCUCAGUGCCAAGCAGAGCUCGAGCAGCUGCGCCAGGAGUCCGAAACGAGGAAGGAGGAGGCAGAGCGGCACGCCGAAGCGAGUGAGAAGCUGGAGCAGUGCCAAGCAGAGCUGGAGCAGCUGCGCCAGGAGUCGGAAACGAGGAAGGGGGAGGACGAGCGGCAUGCCGAUGCGAGUGAAGAGCUGGCGCAGUGCCAAGCAGAGCUGCAGCGGCUGCGCCAGGAGUCCGAAACAAGGAAAGAGGAGGCAGAGCGGCAUGCGGAAGCGAGUGAGAAGCUGGCGCAGUGCCAAGCAGAGCUGGAGCGGCUGCGCCAGGAGUCCGAAACGAGGAAAGGCGAGGAAGACCUGCGCGCCGAAGCGAGUGAAGAGCUGGCGCAGUGCCAAGCAGAGCUGCAGCGGCUGCGCCAGGAGUCCGAAACGAGGAAGGAGGAGGCAGAGCGGCACGCGGAAGCGAGUGAGAAGCUGGCACAAUGCCAAGCAGAGCUGGAGCGGCUGCGCCAGGAGUCCGAAACGAGGAAAGGCGAGGAAGACCUGCGCGCCGAAGCGAGUGAAGAGCUGGCGCAGUGCCAAGCAGAGCUGCAGCGGCUGCGCCAGGAGUCCGAAACGAGGAAGGAGGAGGCAGAGCGGCACGCGGAAGCGAGUGAGAAGCUGGCACAAUGCCAAGCAGAGCUGGAGCAGCUGCGCCAGGAGUCCGAAACGAGGAAAGGCGAGGAAGACCUGCGCGCCGAAGCGAGUGAAGAGCUGGCGCAGUGCCAAGCAGAGCUGCAGCGGCUGCGCCAGGAGUCCGAAACGAGGAAGGAGGAGGCAGAGCGGCACGCCGAAGCGAGCCAGGAGCUGACCCGUUGCCAAGCCGAGCUGGAGCAACUACGUCAGGAGUCCGAAACCAGGCGGGCGGACUUGGCCCAGAAGUCCGCGGAGCUGGAGGACUCCCAAGCCGAGCUCGCCCGUCUGCGGGCGGGGGCGGCCAGGACUGCCGACGAAGAUGCUGCGCCUGAGGAGAACGUCGAGCUCGCGGAGUGCCGGGCCGAGCUGGCACAGCUGCGGGAGGAGUCAGAAUCGAGGCUCUCCGACGUCGUGCGGAAGUCCAAAGAGCAUUUGCUCUCUUUGCAGACGCGUUUGGAGGCAGCUUCCGCUGAGAACGCCGAGCUCUGUGAGAAGCUGAAAGAAGCUGAAGAGGGGCAGCAGCAACAGCAGGAGAAGCUUGCAAAGAUGCGGCAGCUGGUGGCGAAGGCGAACGAUCGCAUCACGGAGUCCGAGUCUCGUGAGAAGGCGCUCAGUGAGUCCCUUAGCAAGGCGCAGUCCCAGCGCCUGGCUCUCCAGGAGCAAAUCGGAUCUUUGGAGAAAAACGCCAGUGGCGAGCUCAGGGUAGUUCGCGGCGGUUCCUGCGCCAUGCCUGAGGCGUGCCGCCGAGCCGCGAGGUCGGGAUGGAAGAAGGCCGCGCCACGCCGUGCGAGCCGGCUGCUGGCAGUGAGUGAAGCCGCCAGCCGCGCGACAAUCGACAACAUCUAUAAGCUCACGCGAUUCCAUUUCGUCUGCGCUCCUACGCUGAUGUUUAGCAAGGGCAAGCACGGCAAGGGCAAGGGCUACACCGGCGCUGGCGGCACCUACUGGGGCGGAGGCGGCUGCAUGGGAAAAGGCAAGGGCGCGAAGGGCUACGGUUACGGCGACCGCGAUGCUUGGGCCCCGGCGUGGUCGCCAUCGCAGCAUCAGGCACCGCCUGGCUAUGAGGGCGAGGGCCGCACUUCGACACGUCGACUUCUUGGCCGCGACUCAAUGGCCAAGAAAUUCCUGCGGCCCUACGCGGCCUCUUCUGGCAACUUCCUGUACGGCGACGGUUCCGAUGUGGAGAUGCUCGCGAAGACAUGCUUGCGACAGCUUCUCACCACGGAGGUAUCGGAACUAUCCCGCCGCCCUGCAUACGGGUUUUCCAUGCUAUCCACGACCCUUCGGGCUUUCGCGGCCGGCUUGCAGAGCGACGAGGCCAAGGCGUCGGAGGCCGCUCUGGCGUCACUUUUCCAAGGUAGCCAGGAAGGCAAAGCCUUCGUGGAACGUCUCGCAAAGACCGACUUCGAGACGGCGAAGCAUCGGCCGCAAGACUGUGAGGAUGCCUUCGAGAAGAUCUUGACCUUCUUGAAGGAAAACAAGGCAAUGCUCUACGAGCACUUGGCCCGCGUGGCUGCCCAUGGAGCUCUGCUCUACGUUGGUGGACUACAUGCCCUGGACGCGCUCAUCAAAGCCGAUGGCUUGGCAGCUUGGUGCUCGCAGGUUCCCUCCGACGAGUUCCUGCAGAAAGCCUUGGACAAGUGGAAGGCGGGCGGUAAGAAGCCGGCUGCCGCGGCCACGUUCUUGGUGGAGGCGUACAGAGCACGCAAAAAGAGCGAAGCCGCCUGGAAGCAAGGUGGAGCACUCAUUCGCGGAGACGAUUCGGACGAUGCAGCCGACGAUCGCGCCCGAGCACUCUCUUCGUCCUCAUCUUCGGAGACGUCCAAGAAGCCGAAGAAGGCGAGAAAGUCCAAGAAAGACAAAGACGGUAAGAAGCGCAGGAAGAAGUCGAGUUCGUCCUCCAGCGAGUCCAACAAGAAGAAGGACGACAAAUCCAAGAAAGACAGGGGCGGCAAAGAUGACGAGAAGAAAAAGCAGAAGGACGACAAGGACAAGGACAAAGACAAGGACAAGGACAAGAAGGACAAGGACAAAGAGCCUAAGGCCGACAAGGACCAGAACAAAGACAAAAAGAAGCGAAAGUCUUCGAGUUCUUCAGGGACGGACAACAAGAAGAAAGAACGCAAGUCUUCGAGGUCCGAAGAGCCGGCUGCAGCCGUCGACAAGAUGAAGAUCCACUUCGUCUCGGCCCUCGACCCGAACGGCGCCAUCGUCGCCGACGAGACGGACCGUGUCCAUGAAGUCAAGAUGGAGGACGAUCUGACGGUCGAGGGUGCAGCGUGCUAUGUCUUAGAGGACCAGGGGAUGGCCGGCGACCUCGUCAAUUGGACGGCCCAUGUGCUGCAAGACGGCAAGUGCGUGCCCAUUGCUGCAAGCACCACACCAGCAACCGGAGCCCCCGAGGUCGUCUUCGUGCGCAAGCUCGAUUGA